AUGUCCAAUGCUUUUUCUCAUGCAAAAUUCACACCUCAUUGCACUUACCAAAGCUUCAGUUUCGCUGAUAGGUAUGAUCCGAGGUUCUCUCGCUUUGGAACUCUCCAUGUGUUGAACGAGAACCGUAUCAAGCCCAGCUCGGGCUUCCCGACUCAUCCCCACCGCGAUUUCGAGAUUUUCAACUACAUGAUCUCAGGAGAACUCACUCGUCGCGAUUCUAUGCUGAAAAAAGUGCCGAAGGCGGAGAAAGUGAUUCUUUUCUACCCCAUGUGCCGUGGUGAUGUCCAGUUUACAACUGGCGGCACUGGAAUCGCGCACUCUGAGUACAACGAGCAUCGGAAGGAUCCACGCGGGCUGCCGCCGAGAUACCACACUCGGCGCUUUGAUGAGGAUGAAAAGGGGAAGGCAUUUUUCCCCAUCCUGAGUCCAAUGAAAGGCGGCCGCGAGGCCUCGAUUGAGGAAGAGAACAACGCAGAACCCUCAAUCGCGAGAACAAUUCCCAUCUAUGCAGAAAUUCCAGUGGACGUAUUCGUCCAUCUUCCAAUGACCAAGGCCGGCAAGGCCGUAAUUUGGUUGGACGGCAGAGAAUAUUUUCCCAGGGAUGGCGGUGGAGUAUUGAUAGAGUGA